AUGAUCCAAAUAUCUUCUCGUCCAUUAUUCCGUCGUAGUUUCUCGUCUCUACAUGGCUACGUACAAGACACUAUAAUCCCUACGUAUCACUUUCAAAAGAGUCUUACACGUCUACCAAUUCCCAAACUUGAAGACUCACUAUCGCGUUACCUAUCGGCCAUCGAGCCCGUUGUAACUUCGCAACAGCUUGCACAGACCCAACGUGCUGUAUUGGAAUUUCAAAACGGGGUAGGGCUUGACCUUCAUCGUGCCUUACUUGCUCGUGAUACCGAAAAUGCACAUACCUCGUACAUAAAUCAGUGGUGGCUUGAAAUGUACCUCAAGGACCGCCAGCCACUGCCUAUUAAUUACAAUCCACAAAUCAAGUUGAAGAUGGACCCCAACCCUGCCAAAAACAGUCCAAGUCAACGUGCAACCUCUUUGAUUGCGUCAACAGUUCGUGUGUACCGUACACUCCGUGAUGGCAACUUCCAACCUGAUGUGUUCCACACGAAACCCCACACAAGCAAAACGAAAGCAUUUCAAUAUUUUUGUAAAUUUUUACCAGAAAAUGUGAGUUUCUAUGGAGCAGCAGCUUUUGGGGCCUAUCCAUUGGAUAUGUCACAAUAUAAACACUUAUUUUCCAGUACGAGAUUGCCAAAGACGGGACAAGAUGAACUUCAAGUGGCGACUGCAUCCAAACAUAUUGUCGUGCAAAGAGGGACAAGAUUCUUUACAUUUGACGUGUUGACAGAGGAAGGUGAUGCGGUCUCAGAUGAGCAGAUAUUGGCCAAUAUCGAAGCAAUAUUGGCCGAGCCAUUGGUGACAAGUACACCUAAUACACCAGGCAUGGGAUUAAUGACGACCAUGAACCGUGAUGCUUGGGCCAAUGCACGUCAAAAGCUCGAGACAAGUGGUGGUGGUAAUAAUAAAGCAUCGCUGGAGCAGAUUGAUAGUGCAUUGUUUAUGGUGUGUCUUGAACAUGAGGCCCCAGCUACACCGGAACAGAUUAGUAGCACGUUCUUGAUUGGAGACGGCAGUAAUCACUGGUUUGACAAGAGUUUUCAGCUGAUAGUUGCUGCGAAUGGUACGGCUUCUGUGAGUUUUGAACAUGCUUGGGGGGAUGGUGUCGCUGUUUUGCGCUAUUUGAACGAGAUGUACGAUGAUAGCAUCAAAUAUCCUGUGCUGAAAACGAGUAGCCAAGCGAAACCUCGUGAACUUACAUGGGAUAUCAGCGGUGAGACAAACAAGUUGUUGAAUGAAGCCAAGAAGACAUAUGAUAAGUGGGUGUCGCGUUUAUUGGUUGCGUGCGCAGAGACUCCAGUCACACGUGCUGUUAGCAAGCAAUACAACAUUGGCACGGACGGACUCAUGCAAAUGACCAUCCAGCUGGCGCACUUCAAACUGCAUCAGAAGUUUGUGGCCACUUAUGAGAGUGCUAGUACCGCAGCGUUUAAGCACGGACGUACCGAGACUGUGCGCAGCUGCACGAAUGAGGCCGUGAAAUUUGUUCGCACGAUGGUGGAUGCCUCUGCGUCAGAUAUGGACAAGGCCAAUGCCCUGCGCGUAGCCGUGACGAAGCACGGUGAGCUGACGAAGAACGGCGUGAUGGGCCAAGGCUUUGACCGGCACCUCUUUGCACUACGAGCCAUGGCAGAGCUACAAGGCAUCAACGUGCCAGAAUUCUAUACACUGCCAGCUUACCAGAUUAUGAACAAAAUCAUUCUAUCGACCAGUACGCUGUCAAGCCCAGCACUUGAAGGGGGUAGCUUUGGUCCUGUCAACGAGGACUGCUACGGCAUCGGCUACGGAAUUGAGAAAGAGGGUUCUACAUUCCAGCUUUCGAGCUACCGCAAAGACCUUCCUCAGCUAAAGGAACUGCUGGUUGAAAGCAUUACCGACUUGGAGCGUUUGCUGGCAGACACGACUCCCAAGAAAUAA